UUCCUCGCAAAUUACCGUGGAAUUGUGUCACUGGGAGGUGAGCAAUUUACGUGCCUUUCCCGCACGACAAGCCUCCAACUCAUUCGCAUGGCCAGGACGUGCUGGAGGUGGACAUUCGUCUGCGGAAAGUUCCGCCGUUAAGCGGUUGAUUCGGUUGAAUGAGUGAUAGCUAUUUCGCAUAUCUUUCCUAUUAUCUUAUCACCCCGCGACGCCUAUUGGCCACUGAUAUCGUUUUGAUAUAAAAAUCAUAACGUUCGACGUGAAUUUUAGUCGUGAAAGAAGUAUCAGUGCGUCUGCAUUGUAUUGUGAACAGAAAGAAUUUUAGUUUUAAAGAAGAAAAUGCUGAGUUUAGCCAUCCCAAAGGCAAUCUCCUACGAUGAUGAGAUUAUCAUGGAAGCUGGAUCAACACCAGCAGCAAAAAAAUUUUCCGUGAAUUUUGUCAUCGACGACAACAACAUCCCCUUGCACGUACGAACGGAAUUCGGUGCCAGCAGCAAUGAUGAUCGCAUCAUCCUCAAUCACAAAAUCGGCGGAACGUGGCAGAAGGAAUUCACGGAGAAGCUCUCAUGGACACGCCCUGGGCAACAAUUUCUCAUUUCAUUCCUCAUCAACAACAACAGCAUCAUCAUCUACGAGAACGACAGCUUCAUGUCCAGCUUUGCGCACAAGAUGGACAUCACGCAGGUGCGGACAGUCCAACUGUGGGAUGACUUUGCUAAGCUAGACAGUGUCGCUUUUAAAUACACCAAACGAUCCAAGGCAAAGCGAUCGACUGACUGUGCGACGGCUAAGGCCUAGAAAUAUGACAUUUUCACGUAGAAAUAAAGUUCAUGCGUUAAUUGUA